AUGACUCAAGCCGAAGUAGAAGAUACAUUGAAACGUCUUCAGGAACACAAAGGUGUACUAGGAGUCCUGAUUAUUAAUUGUGAUGGUAUUCCAAUUCGUUCAACUCUUGAUUCAUCUUCAACUCAACAGUAUGCAGCAUUAAUUAAAUCAUUGUCAGACAAAGCAAGAUCAACUAUUCGAGAUAUUGAUCCACAAAAUGAACUUGUUUUUCUUCGAAUAAGAACAAAGAAACAUGAGAUACUUAUUGCGCCUGCGUGUAUUGAUAACCGAACUGCGAUUGAACAUACAUUUUUAUUAGGAUAUUAUGAUAAUAACUGGGGACUGUCAUAUAAAUCUGAAAAACAUUCAUUUAAUCGUUAUGUAGAUGAACUUCUGCCAUGGUCAAAUUUGCAUCUGUAA